UACCUUUAAAUUUUCCUAUCUUCUUAUUUAUUUUUGAACUCACAAAUUCUAAAUACUAACUCUAAUAAAAUGCCAACUAAUCCAAAUCAUGUUCCCUUUUUUAUAUGACUUAUGUAUGAUAUCAUCGUAAUGUAUUAAAAAUUAUCAGGAUUAUUUUUUUUAUCAUUUUAAUAAUAAUAAAAAACCAAACUGGAACCUGUGACUACGAAUGAAUCUGGGUUAGCUUUGUUAUUAAUCUAAAAACUUCAUAUCCAACAAAUACAAACAAGCCCAAGCCCUAUUUGAAGUGAGUCUGGGUUUUUGUUGCAAAUUCCAGUCUAUUGGCCACGUGUCAGAACCAAAACGACGAAACAACUUUUCCCGCUCUUUGAAUCCAACUUUGAAAUCUCUCCCCGUCGCAUUCAAAACCCUAACCCCAACCAAAAAAAAAAAAACAGAAAAACUCCAUUGAUGGAGCUCACAGAAGAACAAAGAAAACAAGCUGAAGCCAAUCGAUUAGCUGCAAUUGCAAAGAGAAAAGCCCGAAUUGAGUCCUCCAGUGCCACCGCCGACAUUCACUAUCAACAAAACCAAGCUCAUUAUUGGAGGCUCACCAAGUGCCCUAAACUCGCCAAAUACAAUACCCAUAUCCCAAAGCGACCUCAAGGUUCGAUUUUGGACCCAAUUUCCAAUACCCAAUUGUCUAAAAAGUUCCAGGCCAGGCUCGAAAUUUGCUCCCCUGACUCCUUUUCAGUCACCCCGGAGAGGCUGCAGAAGUGUCUCUACCAAGGAGAUGAAGAGUGCUUGCGAAGAUUGGGGGAUAUUUUAUCUGACGUUAUGCCAUCACAUUACACCCAAAACAGUGGAGGUGGAAAGGCAUGCGUUUAUAAGCUCAGUGAUUACAAUUCUGUUUUGGGAUGUUUAAGGAAAUCAAAGGAUAUUGAAAUCAAGGAGAUACCUCAUCUAACGCUCAGAGUUAUUGAAACGUUUUCACGUGGCUUUAUUACUGGACAAUGGAUACCAUGUAGACCAGAACAUUUGUCUGAGGAGGAGGUUGAUGAAUUGAUUAGAAAGCUACCGAGAACACUAAUGGAUGCUCUUCUGCCUUUUCAACUUGAUGGUAUAAAAUUUGGGUUGCGAAGGGGUGGUCGGUGUCUUAUUGCAGAUGAAAUGGGGCUUGGGAAAACACUCCAGGCUAUUGCUAUUGCUAGCUGUUUCGUGAAUGAAGGUGCCAUUCUCGUUGUUUGCCCUGCUGUUUUGCGAUAUUCAUGGGCAGAAGAGUUGGAGCGAUGGCUACCCUUUUGUUUACCCUCUGAUAUACAUCUUGUUUUUGGUCAUCGGGAUAAUCCUGCCUACUUAAAGGAAUGCCCUAGAGUUGUGGUUACUUCUUAUACAAUGCUUAAACACUUGCGGAAGAGCAUGCUUGAGCAAGAAUGGGCUCUCUUAAUAGUAGAUGAAUCUCACCAUCUACGAUGUUCAAAAAAAGCAAGCGAAUCAAGAGAGAUAAUAAUUCCUCUAGUGGAUGAAGGAUCCACACAACUUAUACAAACAGUUCUUGAUUUGGCAGAGAAGGUCAGGCGUAUAGUGCUCUUAUCAGGAACACCUUCUUUGUCAAGGCCAUAUGACAUUUUUCAUCAGAUAAAUAUGUUGUGGCCUGGUUUGUUGGGAGAGACCAAGUAUAAGUUUGCUGAAACUUACUGUGCUGUCAACUUUGUGCAGGCCACUCAAGGUUUUAAGGAUUUCUCAAAGGGUGUUCGCUUGGAGGAGUUGAAUGUGUUACUUAGCCAAACGGUCAUGAUAAGACGUUUGAAGGAGCAUGUGCUGGCCCAGUUACCUCCGAAACGUAGGCAGCUUAUAAGGCUGCAGUUGAAGAGAUCAGAUAUAGCUUCGGCCAAGGCAGCUAUCAGUUUUGCCAAUGCUGAUGCUUUUGAAAAGAAUGCUUCCAAAGAUACUGCUACAGAGAAACUGGAAAAAAAUCAUGAUGGUGAACAAUAUUGCAAUUCCAUGGAACUCUCCUCUCAAGAACUUGGUGUUGCAAAGCUUCGUGGAUUUCGUGAAUGGUUUUCCAUUCACCCACUAAUUGCGAAGUCAGAUGACAUGGAAGAAUUUGAUCUAAACUCUAGUUGUCAUAAAAUGAUAAUUUUUGCCCAUCACCAUAAAGUUCUCGAUGGAAUACAGGAGUUCAUAUGUGAGAAAGGAAUUGCUUUUGUCCGUAUUGAUGGAACCACUCUUCCAAAUGAUCGACAUUCAGCUGUACUGUCAUUUAAAUCAUCAAAUGGGGUUAAAAUCGCAAUAAUUGGUAUAACCGCAGGGGGUGUUGGACUUGAUUUUUCAUCAGCAAAAAGUGUUGUGUUCUUGGAGUUGCCUCAGUCACCAUCAUUGAUGCUUCAGGCUGAGGAUAGAGCUCACAGACAAGGGCAGACAAGUGCGGUCAACAUUUACAUCUUCUGUGCAAAGGAUACUAUGGAUGAGUCACAUUGGCAAAAUCUAAACAAAAGUCUGCACCGUGUUUCAUCUACAACAAAUGGAAAGUACGAUGCAAUGCAAGAGAUAGAAGUUGAAGGCAUUUCUUAUCUAGUAACACCUGAUGGAAGUUGUAAACAUAAAAUUUUGAGGAAAGUAGCAUCUGGAAAACUUUCACUGGAUAUAGAGUUCCAAGACCCUGAAUGUUUCCAGGAUUUGCAACCUUCAGAAGCAUUUGCUGAUGUAGCUGUUGAUAAGAAUGAUGUAUCUGACAGAAUGAAUCAAACUGGUGGCAUCUACCUUCAUAACGAUGGUAGUAUGGUUCCUGAUCUAAGAAUAAACAAAGAUAUUGUUUCCAUGGGAGACAAAAAGGAAUUGCAUCCGUCUACAGCUGAUAUUGAAAUUUGUGACAUAGCCCCUGCUUUUAAAAUGGAUAAGAGACGUGAAGAUCAUGAUCCACUGCCAAAGGGAGAAAUAAUCAAGCCAGAUGAUGGUACAUCAAUUCAACCAUCAGAUGCUGAAUGUUGCUCUAAUCAAGUAGAUUCUCUGCGGUUUGAGGUAAGCCAAUAUACUGGAAGAAUCCACCUGUAUUCCUGCAUCCUAGGUACAGAUUUGAGACCAAGGCCACUUUUUGAGAAUGUCCGCCCAGAGGAAAUUGAGUCAGAAGAUGCUCUGGCUAGUGAUAAUAAAGGAACAGUUUCCAAAUAUUUUAAGGACCACCCAGCCUAUAGGCAUGCUCUUUGGGCCUUCAUGGAAGAAUGGAAUAAACUAAGACCCAUUGAGCAAAGAAAAUUACGUGGAAAGCCUUUGCAACUCCCUUUAUCCGUUGAGUUAUGCUACAUGAAAGAAAGCAUUAACCAUAAUAGUGGGGGAUUGCUGAAAGGUGGGAGCAAGCGGCGCAUAACACCUUUGUGUGAGAUUAGCAUUUCUUUACCUCCAAAUGCUGUGUGGAAAAAGGUCCAUCUACAGUGUAGUAACGGUAAAAAGGAGAAAGAGUAUACUCAGGGUUGGACCCUGACUGAUGAACCACUUUGUAAACUCUGCCAAAAACCAUGCAAGGGGAGAAGUGCCAAGAUGCCUGAAUAUUUUGAGGAUCUUUUCUGUAACCUUGGCUGCUAUGAAGAAUACCGCCUAAGGACUAGCAACAGAUCCCUCCGUGAGGAACUUUUUCAAAUUGAGCAUGGUAUAUGCACAAAUUGCCAAUUAGACUGCCACCAACUUGUGAAGCACUUAAAACCUUUAUCAUCAGAGAAGCGGCAGGAGUAUAUUGCAAAAGUAGCACCAACGAUUGCAAGUCAGAAGAGCUUGGUUGACAAGCUUGUUCGUGAUCCUUCUGAGGGUAAUGCAUGGCAUGCAGAUCACAUUGUCCCUGUUUACAGAGGGGGAGGUGAAUGCAGGCUAGAGAAUAUGAGGACUCUUUGCGUGGCCUGUCAUGCCGAUGUUACUGCAGCACAAUGUGUUGAACGACGGUCAAUGAGAAUCAAAGCAAAGGAAAAGCUUAAAGCCAUCUUGAGUGACCUUAGAAAUGCUGAGAAUAUAGAAAAGAAUGCUUCUUGUGGAAAGGAUCAAGGACCCUCAGAGAUAACAGAGGACAUAACUGAGGAUGAACUUCUAGUCAAUGUUCCUGGAAGUGCCUAUUCUGUAGGAAAAAGCAGCAGCCCUCAAACUGAGGAAUUGAAGAAUUCCCCGAAACAUUAAUGACCAGACUUAUGUUAAAGAAGCAUCUGCAUGUUAUCCUCUCAUGUGUUUUUGAUUGCGACAAAAUUAACACAAUCUUCCAAGAAAGGUAUGUAUCCAAAACAUUUCCUAGUAGGCUUUUGCAGGCUUGCUGGUUACUGAUGAAAAUCUGUAAAUUCUCAUUGGCUACCAUCAGAUAUCAUAGAAAAUACCAUACAGAUGUCCUAUUCUUGUGGGAAAUAUAUAUACUCUGUAAAAUGGCCUUCAUGUUUAGAUGAAUGCAAUCCAUUUAUUUGUCUUUUUUUCCCCUAUUUUUGAUGCAUACUUUUUCUAUUAUUUAAUAGUAAUGGUGUUAAAUUCUUUUUUUGUUAAGUCAGUGAUGAUGCCACAUCCAAAAUCCUCAAGCAGCAGUAAUAAAAGUGACUAAAUUUGGGAUGUGAGCUGCCUGCAAGCAAAUCAUAAAUUUUUGCCGAAACCCUUCAAGUUUAAUAUCUAGGAGCACUUGGCAAUUAUAAUCUGGGUUUCUCUGGCUCAGUUUAUGUUGAUUUUUUUGUACUUGCUGAAACUUGGGUUUGAAUCCUAGUAACUGAAAUUAAGAGUCCACUUAUCUAGUAUUAAUAAACUUAAUUGUUUGUGCUUAAAACUUCAUCCUUUUUGUAUAUAAUUAGUUUUUUGUCACACAUGUAACUUUGUAUUUUUACAAAAAAAGGGUUAAUAUUGAUAUAAUUUUU